AUGAAUUAUUCAACCGGGUACUCUGCCGCGCAUUCAUUAGGGUCGACCGAAUCUUCACCAGCCCCUGGGCCUGUUCUUCAUGCACUUCUCAAUAAUUUCGAGUUUUUUUUGCUCGUACUCUUUGCUGUGCUCUGCCAGUUUAUUGUAUUUGCUGUAUUGGGCCACACGGGAGGUGAGGUCCCAGGCACCCUUUUCUUUCCUUUCCCUCUCAUGAGGCCAAUAGUCGACAGCAUCGUGACUCCAAUGGGACGGGUGCUCGGAAGGCAACAACAGGUGUGGGUAGGCGUGGAUUAUGAGGAUGACGCUGUGGAUUAUGACUACUUGCACGGCACCGGCCAUUGGACAGGGGAAAGUAGCACUUAA